GGUGUUUGCUUCCAUACCCUUCUUCUUUCCGAGCUGAAAUAGACGCGAUUAAGCUCCGUUGCCCCUUUGUUUGGCCGGGAACCGAGGGUAGAAAGGAUCGUCCACGGAAGUCAGCAUCCAGCCGAAGACCAAGAGCUGAGACUAUGGGGAAACUGAACUUGAACGUCCCUAAUGCAUCCGCUCGCUAUCGCCAAGCUCCAGAGCCGUCGUCUCGGUCGGCUCCCCGUCAGGAUGUUCGUCGAGGUUCCGAUCCCCCAGCUGCAGGAUCGUCCAAAAAGGUCCCCCCUUCCCCUCGUCGAGCUGUGGAUAAUCCUUCACGGACGCGUCAAAGGUCUCCCCCGCCUAACCGCCACACCGACCCUGAAGAGACGCUUCCAAGGAGGAAGGUGGAUGGGACUCCUGGUCGCAUUGCCGACCCUCCACAAAGGUCACAGAAAAGGAAAGAUGGCCCUGAACAAGAGCCGUCUGUCCCACUGAAGAAGUCGAAGUCGGUCGACUUCAGCUGGGACUUUGCUCAUUCAUCUGGAGCUCGUCCCUUUCCAUCUGACUCGCAGUCUUGUGCCGAGUUGUUUCGGAAGAUCCAUUAUGGCGAAGGUCGUCUCUCUUCUGUUGAAAGGAUGAAAGAGUCCGACGCUGUCACCGAAGUUGCUCAAGCAUCUUUUGAGGUUCGUCGGUUAAAUCAAUUCGCUUCGCAGAUCUUCCUUGAAUGUAUUUUAAUCCUUUUCUUCUCUUCUUUUUAGUUUAUUGCGCGUAUUAACCGCAUGGCUACCCGCUACGAACGUCGUGUUCGAGACCUGGAACGUUCAGGGGCGUCGAAUGAGAGGAUUGAGCGCCUCGAGGCUCAAUUGGGGGAGGCAGUUCGGUCCAACCAGAGGCUUAGCGACCUUGUGGCCAAGCUCGAACAUCACCGGAGUGGGCUUAUCAAAGAACGGGAUUCUCUUUCGACGAAGCUUAAGGAGUCCGAAGCUUCCUGCAAUGGUCUGAAGCUAACCCUUAGCUCGGAGACGAGAAGGCUCAGGGAUCGGCGUGAUGAAUAUGGGCACCAUGAGCGAAUCAAUG